AAAGUGACAACUGAAUGAACGAAGUGACUCAAGUUAGAAAUCUUGGUAUUGCUCCCCUGGCGAAAUUCUAAAUGAAUUUUGCAAUGUUUAUGUGUUAUUGAGUGUAACUCAUGGUAUGACGUGUGAAAAUGACUUCGAAGAGUAAGAAUGCCGUGCGUGGUUUUGAAACAGAGAUCGACAAAAGUCGAGAGGAGGCCAACUGGAAAAAGGCUGUGGAGUUAGCUCAACAACUUAAGUCUAGAUCACCUCAGCAUGAAAGUCUAGCACAUUUCUUAAUAGGAGAAGGAAAGCUCGAGGCAUACCUUGAUGAGUGGCCUCCCAUCAAAGAAAACAUAGAACGAGCUCAAAGGGAGUUGUCUGAAGCCCGAGGUUAUCUAACCUUAGCUACAGAUGAAGCGGGGAAGAAGGCAGGAGUGGCAUUAGACGCUCAGUUGUUAUUAGGAAAAUUGAACUAUGCUUGUGGGUCAUAUGAUGAAGCACUCAAACAUUACAAAUUGGCUGAAUUAAACACUUUGACAGAGAAGGAGCUACCUGUACGAAGUCUGCGCAUAGUGGCAGAGUCCUAUGCUAUAAAAGGUUUCUGCCUGGAACAGAAUGCUGUACCGAGUUCAACGAGUCGUUAUAAGCAAGCCGAGAGGGAGGCUGAGAUGAUUCGCUGUUUCGAGCUAGCUUCCGACCUGACCCUGCUGUACCUACAACGCAACAGCUCAGCGCGUGCCGGCCCCACGCUGGAGACGGCCCUGCAGCGCGCCCCCAUCCUGCACAUCCGAGCCGGCCGGCUGCAUAGCGCCAUCGACAGAUACCGUGAAAUGUUGACCGCAGUAGAGUCUGUCUCCACUCAAGCUUUGAGGCUGACCCUCACAAGGCAGCUGGCGGAGGUGCUCCUCAGAGGGGUCACGGGACAGGUGUACAAGCCACCGGUGGCCGUGGCGCCGGCCCAGGGCACCCUGACGAGGAGGAGAGAGGAUCAUGUCUCCGAAGGACCGUGGAAACCAAAGAAGUAUGCCGCUUUAAAUCAGUUCGUGCCGCGCAACGAGCACGAGGAGGUGCUGGUGCUGGUGCUGGUGGGGGAGGCCAUGGCGGCGCGGGACGGGGUGCUGUCCCAGAGCGCAGAGUUCGCCGCCGCCCGGGACCACUCGCUGCACACCGCGCUCGCGCUCAUCGACCUGCUGGCGCUCGCCGCCCUGCGCUGGGGGCUGCGCCCGCUGGUGCUGGAGUCGUUAGAACGCGCCAUGAAGUUCUCGUUCGGGUGCGCGCACGUGUGGCGGCAGCGCGCCCUGGCCGCGCACGCACACGCGCAGGCGCACGCGCAGACGCACGCGCAGGCCGACGCUCGGCCGGGCGGCGGCGCGUGGGACGCCAGCGUGCGGGCGCGCGCCGUGUCGCAGCGAGCGCGCCCGCUCGUGCCGCACGACGCCGCGCUGCGCCUGGUCACCGCCAGCACCGACUACAGCACGGGCUGGAUAGAGGAGGGUAUAGCCAUGGCGGAGGAGGCCCUGGCCAUAGAGGAGGAGCAGCAGGGUCCGCUGCUGGCCCGCUGCUGUCUGUACGCCGGGAUCGGUUACCAGAUGAAGGCCCAGAAAACGAAUUAUCGUCUAGACAAAGAAGCGGCUAACGAGACGUCCCUGAAGUACCUGGUGAGGGCGGCGCAGCUGGACCCCAACGACCACCUGGCGUUCUACCACCUCGCGCUGCAGUACAUGGACAUGGGGAUGCUCAACGAGGCGAUGGAUGCGACGCGAUCCUGUCUGGAAGCGCGUGCUGAGUGCAGUGGCGCGCUGAUAGUCGCCGCCAAACUGUGGUCCUGCGCGUGCGCCGGCCGCAGGCAGACGCGCGCACUCAGCGCCGCCGCCCUCGCGCGCACGCACGCGCCGCACUCCCAGCACGCGCUCGCCACGCACGCCGCCCUGCAGCUGCUCUGGGACACGCCCGAGGCGGCCCUCGCGACGGGCAAGGAGCUGCUGUCCCUGUUUAGCUGCGACGCGGAGGCGGACGCGGAGGCGGGCGGGCGCGCGGAGCUGGACGCGCUGUCCGACUCGCAGCAGGACGACGCGCAGAGCGCCCGCGCCGCCGGACACUCGUCGGUGCGCGCGGAGAUGGCGGAGGCGGGCCGCGUGGAGCGCGCGCUGUGCUCGGGCGCGUCGGGCGCGUCGGGCCGCGCGCCGCCCUCCGCGCGGGCGCAGCACCGGGCGCGCGCCUGGCUGCUGCUCGCCGACAUCUGUCUGCGGUUGGACCGAGUGAGUGCGGCCGCCGGCUGCGUUGCUGAAGCGGCAGCGCUGACGCCGUACAGCCACCUAGUUUUUUACACGCGCGGGCUGGUGCACGCGGCGAGCUCGGAGUGGCUGGAGGCGCGGCUGUGCUUCCAGAACGCGCUCGCCAUACAUCCCACGCACCUCGAUAGUCUGCUGCAUUUAGGCGAGGCGUACUACCGGCUGGGCUGGCUGGGCCUGGCGGAGAAGGCGGUGCGCGAGGGCGCGGCGCUGCAGCCCGGGCGCGCCGACGCGUGGGCUCGCCUGGCGCGCGUGCUGCACGCCGCCGCCGACCCGCCCGCCGCCGCCGACGCCGCCAUCGCCGCGCUGGCGCUGCACGCGCGCCGCCCCGCGCACCUCUAGCGCGCCCCCGCACCUAAACUAUAACCAUCUUUAUUAGUCAAUUAUUUUUAUAUUCAAAUAAAAUAAUAAUGAGUUGUUGAUUGAUAUAAUAUUCCUUUAUUAUUCUUUUUAUUUAAUUGAACAAAAAGCAUUAUUACAAACAUUUGUAUCGGCACCGACCGCGCGAAGCCGGGGUACGGGUCGGGGAGGGUUGGGGAGGGGCCGCAAGCACAGACAACACAAGGAGUAUUUGUACUGACGAACACAACAAGUGUCACUGGGUGGUGGUGCGGUGGCCGCAACAGCCAUGCCUUCCAGCUCAAUGGGAUAUCACCCGAUACACUUGAGAU